AUGAAAAGAGAAGAAGCCUGUAAAGUUCUUCAGGAGCCAUUACAAAAACUAAUUUAUUCUUCGUCAUCAAGUCAUACCAUCAACAAUAAUAAAUUUAUUGUACAUUCAAUCAUAUUUGAAAUAUGGCAACUUUAUCUUAAUCCAGAAGGUGCUUAUCAACACAGAGAAUUAAAUUUAGAUGUUAUCUUUCAAUUGAAUUCUGAGCUUUAUACAAAACUUAUUGAAUUGUUGGAAUUAGAUCAGGAACUAAUUAGAACCUUAUAUAUGAUUCCACUUUCCAGUAAUCCAAUGUAUGGAAUUAAACAUGUAAUAAUACCAUCACUUAAUGUUUCAAAUAGUCUUAAUGGUGAUAAAAAACACGAUUUAAUUGAUUUUAUUCAAAAUUUAUUAUCAUACCAUUAUAAUGAUAUCAUUGAUGAAGAAACUCAACUUGAUUUAUUUCUUAUGAACAAUUUGGUUUCAACUCCAUUUUAUUAUAAUGAUUUUAGAAAAAAUUCAAUAAAUAAUUAUACAACUUUACAUAAAAUAAAUUAUGAAAAUUCAAAAACUUUGGAAAUUAGAAAGAAGAUCAACUAUCAUUUAAACACAAUAGAAGAUUUACAAUUAGAUGCAAAUAGGAAGAAACAAAACAAUUAUAAAACAUUAAACUUACUUAUAAAUUUCAUUGAUGAGAUAGCAUUUCCUUUCAAAGAAGAUUAUGAUGAGUAUCAAUCAACUCAACUAAGAUUGGCAAAAUCCUUUAUCACUCAAAAUGUUAUAUUGAAAAAAAAUGAUUCUUUAAAAGAAUUUUUGGAAUAUAUUGAUCAAUAUGAUCUUGAAAAAUAUAAUAUUUCUACAAGAUCCCAGAAAAGUUAUUCAAAAGAAAUAUCAACUAGGCUAGCAAAAUGUUUACAUAAUGAUAAAGAGCUUUAUAAAAAAAUGAAAAAGGCAAAACAAAAAAAAUUUAAUAAUUUGGAUAUUAGCAAUAGCAAUAAUUUAGAUGGAGGCGAUGUGGUAGACCUUAAAACGCACGAAUUAGCUUUUGUCAAUAUAUGUUAUUCUUUAUAUGAAAAUUUUGAAUAUGAUGGUUCAUUUGUUAAUUGGUUAGAAGAUUCUGAAUUGUCCUAUAAGAUGAAUUCUUCUUUAUUUAAAAAAAAAGAUUUGGAAAUUUGUUGCAAAUGGGUUAUGGAAAGUGUUAAAGUUGGUCGACCUGGAUGGUUGUCACUCUUUAAAUUGAUGAUACAGUAUAUUGAUUUAUUCCCAAGACCUUCUUCAAUGAAUAUUAAAUCACCAACAUUUGGAUCAGAGAAAUUUUGGCCAUUUUCUUUAGAUGAUCAACUUACUAUAAUUUGCAAUCAAUUGAUUGCCACAUCAAAAUCCAAAGAAAUAAUCGAUAAAGCAGAUAAUAUUCAAGCUAAAAUGGUUGAUUCUUUGAUCAUUACAUCAGUUGUGUCCCCAUAUUAUACAUUACAUAGAUUGAUUGGUGAGGUUAUACAUAAUAAAGGACAAGGCAUUGUAAUACUUGAUAUCAUAAAUCAACUUGGAUCUUUGUGUUGGUAUAACCAAGCAUCAAGAUCUCCAGCUAUUAUUAUUCAAGUGUUGAAAGAUAUUUUAUCAACAAUUGAUGAAAGUGAAGAUGGUUUGACGCAUCAAGAACAAAAGAAUUUGAUUGACUUUAUUAUUCAAGCAACGAUGAAUAAAAAGAAUUUAAAAAAACCUGCAAUUGAAUUAAAAAUUGGUGAAAUUGGUGAAUGGAGUAGUAUUAAUAGUAAAAGCAAAGAUGAUGUUAUAGUAAUCAUAGAUUUACUUGAAUAUAUCAGAUAUUGUGUACUGCCCUAUUUACAAUUUUCCAAUCCCAUAUUGUCAUCACAAAUCAGUGAAAGUUGGUGGUUGAUUAGGGCAGAACCUCUUUUAUUGUUAAAUCAUUUAAUUAGAUUAUUUGAUCAACGUAAAUUAUUAUUGUCAUCGUCACCAUCAAUAUCUAUAACACUUGUUGAUGAUAUUCAUUUCUUACUGAAAGAGUUGUUAAGAUUAUUGACAGAGUAUUUCAUUUCAUUACCACAAGAUUACGAUCAAAAUGAGUACCAUCGUUCUAACGUUAAUUCGAUUAAAGAAUUAUAUAAAGAUUCCAAGGAUUAUAAUUGGGCAACUCAACUUUAUCUAUAUCAAUUCUUUGAAAUUUGUUCAUCAUGCUUUGGUUUUGAUAUAUCAAAACCCGCAAUACCAUCACUACUUUUUUCAUUUUGUAAUUUUUCAGAUAAAGAAUACACUGAAUCACCAUCUGAUGAGGAUAAUGUAAAGAAAUCUGGCGUGACUUUAUCAAAUCAAGUUAAAAAGAUGAAGCAGUUGAUUUUAUUUUUAGAGGCUUGUCAAGUUUCCUCUUAUUGGUGUGAGAAAUUUGUGUUGGCAUUAAAUAAUAAUCAGAAUGCUUCAAAACCAUAUUUACGUAAUCUUUUUAGAAAAGUAGCACCAUUGGCAUUUUGUUAUGUGCUUGCAAAUAGUGUUGAGGAAGAAGCCUAUGUUUUAUUAGAUACUAUGAUAAGAAAAUUGAUAGUUUAUGGAAUAAUAUCAGCAUCUGAAUUGUUAAUUGAUGAAAAUAAUAAUAAUAAAGAGUUAUUUGAAAUGGCCAUUUCAGAAAUAGAUAUUGAAG